AUGGCGGCAAGGAGAGAUGAGGGGAAGGUUAGGACUCUGGGGGGAUGCCGUGCAGCUGAAGUGUCUUCUUCAGGCUUCACUGAGACCCAGAGAAGACAAGAUAAAGUCUAUCAGGUUAUCGCCUAGUUCAAGUUGCUUCUCGGACAGCAAGGCCACUGGGACACUGGAUGUCAGAAGAUCUUUGUGUGUGUGUGUUUGUACGCUGAGCAUGUGUUAGUGUGUGUGUGUGUGUGUGCUCAUGCAGGUGUGCAGAAUAUAGGGGGUAAUCACAGAAAGAUGCUGUCCUGGUUUAUUAAAGCAAACCUCAUUGGACUUUGAUUUUACAUUUCAGAGAGGAUUUCUUUGUUUGUUUUUUGUAGGGCUCAAACCGUUAAAUAAAUAUUUUCAUUUUAAUUUCUUGGAUAUUUAAUUUGUAAAAUACCUGAAAAAUACUUUCUGGUACAAAAUAAUACCUGAGAAUUUUUUUCACAUGUGCUUGUGUGUAACAAGAUUGAUAAUACACAAGUAGCACCAUGAGGGAGCUCCAAGAGAUGCUUUGGGAUGCUCUGAGUGUAUUUAAUUCACUAAUGGGAGGUAAAGGUGAUACUCUGUUAGAUCCCAGACUGACACAAACUCUCACUACAGCUAAUGAGGCAAGUUUUUAGUCGAGCAAAACUGCUGAAUCUCUUAUUUCUCUCACCUGAUAAUGGUCGACAGGGUGCCCUGAUCUACCUGUUAGGAAUCACGAUACUGGACAAAUAAUCAGCUCUGCAGGAUCUUGCGCUGGACGGGGUAAAUUUAGUCAUAAUUAGCAUGACACAGAAGCCGAUGAAGGGAGCGUAGUUUGGACUGGAGAAGAAGUUUCCUCAAAGUUGAAGCGUGUUAUUUCUGCGUUGAUGGGUUAACGUUGUGGACAGGCGCCCAUCUGCAUAUCAAAUGUGACUCCCAUUAUUUUAUGUUUCCCUCUGCUAACAGCGCCUCCCAGCACUCCUCCAUGUUCUCCUCCAUCUGCCUCCUGUCCAUUGAUCAGCCUUCCAGGGCAUCAGUCUGUUUAACAUCUGCUACAAGUUCCAGCAGCUCAGGUAACUAUCUCGCUGCUCUCCACCGCCUAUUGAUCUUCAUGUCCACCUGCAGGAACAUCUGUUUCAGCAUGUCGUUUGUCAGCGCAAACAGCUUCCUCGUUUCACUUCACGUCUUGUCCACUUUCACUUACUCUCACAGAGAGAUUUUUCUCCUAAGUACUUGUUAAAUUGCUGCUUGCAUUGUUCCACAAAUAAGUGUGGAAAAAAUGGUAAACUAGUCUCCCCUAAUUACUGCAGCAUGGAAAAUAGGAGGAGCAGUACUUGUAUAAUAAAAAGGUUAUUGAAUAAAAAGGUUAAUAUUUUUAGAUAUGCAGCUGAAAAAAAAAAAAACUUUAGAGAUUAUUUAGAUAAACAGCAAACAAUAUUUGAAAACAUGUUAGUAAAAAAACUGCUUUAACAACUGAAUCUAUUUGAUAAAUUGAAUGUGGUUUCGCUCCUUCUCUUUAUUUUUAUUGUUGUAAAAAAGUAUAUCAUUAUAAAAACAAAAUCUAAAAUUGCAAAUAAUUGUUUCCACAUUCAUUUUAAUUGUUACAAAAUAGUGUACUCAAAUAAACCCUGAGAAGAAAUCUUUUCAUUGGACUUGAAUAUGUCCUUCUUUUCGUGUAAUCAAACAAAUAUUCUGUAAAAUGUGUUGUAAAUAACAACACAUCUUAUUUCUCCAAAGGUUAACAUAUCGUUACAAGACAACAGUGCACAGCUUAUUUAUUGUUUCAAAUAUUCUAGGUAGUCAUCCUGAGAGGGAGUCACGGGCCGAGGAGAGCUCCCAUCUUCAUGUUUGUCUCCUUCACAGGCUCCAUGAGCUCAAAGGAGCCGCUGUUGCACAGUUUAAUUUGCUCUUUUGUAAUGAUGGGGCGUAGGUUAGUUAAUUUCAAUUUUUUAUUUCAAAAGCUAUCAAAUACAGCUCAGAUGAGAAAUCAAUUUUCCCAGCUGCCCUGGCUUUGUGGUGAAACGAAGUCCUGCCAUUGGUGAGCAGUGCAUCACAUGACCCAGUCAGGGAUUAGUUCAGCAGGCCUAUGUUGCCACCACCUCAAUUACAAGCUGCCUCUUGUCAUUUACCUCUAUAACAUCUCAUUUUCAGAUGCGACUCAUAUUUAAUUCAUGAAAGCCUGCACAAGAGUUAUUGUAAUAUAGGUUGUUAGAGAAUUUUGGACCAAAUUUCCACUGCAACUUUUUGUUUUGCAUGCCAUCAACAGCAGCGAUGGUGUUAUUUUCUGUAAUUUGGGAUAGUCAAAAGUGAAACAGUAAAUGCUUGAAUAUGAAUGAAAAAUACUUUAAAAUAUAAAUAACUGCAUACAGCAACAUGCUUUAUAUUUUGCAUGGAAAUGGCAGUAAUUAAAGGACUUGGGAAGGGUGUGUCCUGUGUCGUAGCCCAUAUAAAAAUCAUCCACAAUAUUAUUAUCGUGAAUGUCAUGUGACUGUUUUUCUGAGGAGAUGACAAGGGAUGUUUCAGUGACACCUCACUCCUCUUAUCAAAAUAAACCUUGUUUGAGUGCACACAGUGUACUAUAAAGCCUUUUUUGAUUUAUGGUCAAUGAAGUCAGGUUUAAAUUGUCUAUCAUCAAUCCUGUAUCAAUAAAUCUAAUAUAAACAGGAAAUGGUGUAAACAACAUAAUUUAUGCUGAAAUGUUCUAAGUGAGUGCUAUAAAACUAUUUUUAAUGCAAAUAAUUGAUCCAAAAUUUAUCUUAGAUCAUAGAUAAUUGUUGAGACUCUAUAAAUCUCAAAGCAUUUUUGCCUGAGUGGGAAUAUAUUUUGCGUUCUUCUGAGGGCUGGGUUUAAAAAUUGAAUCUGGUCCAACAUUUCUCUCCCUCCUAAACGAGCCCUCUUUUGCUUUACACAACACAAAGUGACAAUUUGCUCGGUAAUCACAGAAUCUCCUUCUCAUAUGGAUCAGUUCAUGGAACAAAAAGUAGAGUGGAGGCAAUUUCUGGACCUAACAUGAGAUUAUAUCCAUUUGACAAUUGCGUUAUUCUAUGUGGUUUCCAUGACAACUGGGUGAGGCCUCCAAUAAAACCAACCUCAGCUGUCAUCUCUUCACCUAAAAGCUUUGUAAUUGCUCUCAUUUGCAUACUACAAUUAAGUGUGUUAGCUCACAGCAAGAACAAUCAACCUCCACUAAAGACUGGGGAUAGUAUAAUUAUUAUAUCAGUGGAUUGGUAUGAAACAUUACUGACGAGCCUUUGUUUGACGGCUGCAUUGUACUGUCAGGCUAGUUUUACUGCUUAUUUUCAUUAAUACACAUAUUUAUCAGACAGUGAUGGGUAAUGCAUAGCUGCUGGUUAAAAUGAUGUCAUUUCUAUUUUCGAUCAGAGUCUUUAUGAUCAUAAAGUGUGAGGUUUAUGUCAUUAAUUAUCGUUCAGGUUUCCACUACUAUCUAUUCAUCCCUUUUUAAGAGGAGGGGGGGGCUUUCUGACACAGUGGUGCACUUAACUAGUAAGAAAGUGAAUUAUUCGCAGUGUUGGGAGACAGUUUGAGCUGCUGAUUCAAUGAAGGUUAUGUGAAUCGGGCUCUAAGCAUUGUUUCUCUUUCCCUCCAAUGUGCAGAGGCUGUAAUGAAGAGCUCUUGAACCAGCAGUCAGGGAAGCUGUGACAGGAGUUCAGGAGGCUCUGCAGAAUGUGCGGUGCACACACAGGCACACACCGGCACACAUGCACAGGUAGGCAGUAACAAACAACUCACAUAGCAAUCAAAAUGAGGCUGUCAAUCUUUUAUUGUUUCACAUAUAAAAUAGAUUUUCAGAUAAGGUGUCCAAUAUGCAAUUUACCUGAAUAUUUUCAGAAUUUCACUCCUGCACUCCCCUCAGUUUAUUUUUCCCUUUUCUCUUAUUUUUGGGCACAACUUUGAUACUAAAAUUAGAGGUUGUAAACUUGAUAUGAGAACAUAUUUGUAUCCCAUUAAAGCAGCAGCAUUUUCUGCCUUAUGAGCUUUAUUUUCACGCCUGUGAUACCGCGGCACAUCUUCGGGCAGGUACACUUUAUUUUCAGUUUUUUGCCUUCAGGCCCUGAAUUGAAAUGGAAGACCAAAUGGCACAAAUGGCAAGUGCACCAUUCCCAGCUCUCUGCAGCCUCCCAACACAAACUGGUCAGGCAGAAAUGAGACCUGCAUCAAUUUUAAUUUGUAUUUAUCCUGCUGAUGACCCGCUCCUUUCACUCUGCUGUCGGAGGCACAAAUUACACCCAUCAUAACUCUGAUUCUAACGGCCCACAGUGUGCUAUCAGGAAAUUAACAUGGUUAUAUACCACUGGUGGGUUCAAGGUGUCACAACACAAUUAUACAAUCAUACAACCUGACGAGCUCUGACUGGUCGCUGGUGUAUGACAACUAAGCUGGAGGGCUACAUAGUCUGUCACAUGCAGGCGGGUAAGAUAAGUUCACUGAAGAGGAGACAGUGCCCGUGUGUCUGCUUCUCACUAUCUAAAUCAGUUAAAUAUCACACGGCUGCUGCAGUCUGGGUUGAAUUUCUUUUUUUUUUUUGGGAGGGGAAAAGGGGAUAAAGAACCACAUCUGAACUUAUCUUUGACUUGUCAGGUUUUUUAUUCAACACAGCAAAUUGAGCCUGCAGAAUUUGUGGAAACAUAAAUCAAAGUGAUAUAACAUGGGCUGCUUGUAUCAUUAGAAGUAUUAAGUCAUCAAUGAGGAGCGUUUAAUGUAAAACCUUCAAAAUGCUGCAGCUCACAGUGACUUUCAAUCAACCCUAAUCCUUGUAUCUCAUAAAACUUGGGCCGCAAAAAUGAAGGGAAGCUCCCCUGUCUGGAUCCCCAGCGUGCUCUCAGUGUCAAGCCAUUAGGCUGUGUGAAAUGAGGUGCCACUCAUGACUUAUAAUGCUGCACAUCUAUAGAUGCUAUGUUAAAAUAUAGCCCUUCAAUGCCCAGUUCUCUGCUGGAUAGUUGGGGAAAAUAAUUCUACUCUGAUAGCGGUCCAUCCCGCAAUAUCCCUAUUCACAGGCACAAAGAUUUGAAGAGAGCUGUUGGAUAAAUUCAGAAUAAUCCACUUCAGGAUAGCAGUGGGAUUUAUGGGGGGGGAGUGUGUUUGCUUGAGUCUACAGCCAUGGAAACCUGUGUGUUUUUGAGAAUGAUGCCCAGUGAAUGAAACAUAUCAAAAAGCAGAAAGUUUUACACACUGUCAGAUGAUAUAACUAAUUAGAUUAUCAAGCUUGACUAUGAAAUAAAUGACACACAGAGGAAUACGGAAAUGACAUUGAUGCUUAAAUUAUUCCUCGGAGCCAACAUGAGCGGCGAAUAUAAGCUUUCAGGAAAUCUAUUUGUGGGGUAAAGUAUGUUCAUUGCUUUCAAUUUGAAAGCACGUCAAUAGAAGACACAUUUCUUAAAGGAGUUAUCACAGAAGUACAAUCGAUGAAAGUUGCACUGACUGCUGCUAUACUUAGAGACACAUAACAAAAGCAUGCUAACAGCAGUCGUCUCAACGUGAACAUUUACCCAGAGGUACUGUAGAUGUAACAGUGAUAAGGAAAUAAAGCUAAUAAGUGUCACUUUGAUGUGACAACAAAUUAUACAUGCUUCUAUCAGAUCUCAUUUCCAUUCCACAACACGCAGACAGAGAAUACCCUAAAGCAUGGCUGUUAAUGGGAGCCUCUAUCAGCCAUCGUGGAAAGCCUGCCUCAUUACACACUCCAACACAACUGUGCCCAGGGUGGUCGAUUUCCCCAACGGACACCGGUUCACAGACCAGAGACGCACUGCGCUGCACACGACUUGUUUUUUUGAUGCACGGGGCACAGAUGCCGUCCUACUGCAAAUGUGUUAAAUCAGGAAAUUAAUUUAGGAAAAUAUCUUUUAAAAAGGAAUAACCACAGAAAUUAAAUAUUUUUAACAGUGAUAUCUUUAAUAGGACAUUCAGAAUGUAACCAUAAGCAGCUGUGAGUCAUCCUCUGCUCCCAUUAUACACCUGAUUCUAUACAACCUGAUUGUUAUUCAGGGAGAAUUCUCCAUUCAGAAGGACACCAAAUACUCACAUAACCUCCUACCCCCUCCAACCUGUGCAAUGAAUAUUUUAAAACCUUAAUGUAUAUUGGCCAUUUGAAUUUCCUGCCUGAGUCUUUCCUAUAAUCUCUAGGACCCAAGAUUCCUACUUUGUGGAUGUGACUGGGGACGCCUGCACUCGGGUUAUUUUUCUUCACAAUUUGUGACCACUGAUGCUCUCUGGCUUUACUCUCUCUGCCCCCGUUUCUAGCUUCCCUGACAAAGUCAAUAGGGGGCAUCCCUCAUCUGUCAAAAAACAAACAUCACUGCACUUCUCCUGCUUUUUUCUCCCUUUUCCCCUCCAUCCCAGUUUUUGUGCGGUCUACCUCCCAUCCUGCUCCACAUCGCGAAUUCUUAGUUUUGUCACCCAGCACAGAUUAUCAGAUUACUAGUCCUGUUGGUGCUUGGUGAACCUAAUAAACAUAAGUGGUGUCAGUAAGAGCAGUCAGAACAUAUAAAAGAGAGAGUCCCAUAGAAAUAGCCGCUGACCCUCUGGUGACUCUCUCACCCAGAGGGGAGGCAGCAGUGCUUGCUGUGUGUGUUUCAGUGCAAUCUGUGGAACAGAUGGCUGGAGUCCUGGGCAGAGAGCAGCAGGUCUCAGCCUGCAUGUCACCAGGAUGAUGUGAGCUGGCUCCCUCCAAGCUUUGGUUAAUAUUCUCCUCUGUCACAGACUUGUUAAGAGUCUGAGUAAAACUUACUCUUUAGGUUAAAAAAGGACCCUCUCUAUCAUGUCUUUCACGGGUAGGCUCUUUUUUUUCUGUUUCUCCCUCCAAAAAGCUCAAUAAUGUACCUUUAAUUGGGAAUCUGUACAUGUAUUUAGUCCAAGAUAUACUGUAAAUAUUUUUUUCUUUUAUAUUUAGCUAAUAGAUAUCUGAGAGUGGAGGGCAUUUUAUCACAUUGAUACAAAAAUAGUAACCCUGCAACAAAAAGACCUCUCCACUGACAUCCAUUCCUUCAAUUGCUGAUACAUCCCUGAGCAGGAAAUGAUUAAUAUGACACAGAUUAAAGAUGUGAAGCAAUCUGAGUGUCUGAAUAGCACGCCCUCAAACUGCAAUGUCAAAGAGUAAUUAUGGACAUUAGUGCUUGUCUAUUGUAAGAUCAUGUCCCUGACUAAGUCAUUUUUCAUUGACUUUGUUUGAGAAGUUCCUGGUUAUGAUGAAAUCAUUCAAACAGGAUCAUCAGCGAGGUAAACAAACAUUAGCUCGACUUUUGUCCACACAGCUCUCCCUCUGCCACUCAGGCUUUAAUCUUUGUUACUGGCAGGUAGUUCAGGCGAGGCCGAGCCGUGUGAGGUGCAAGUGGUGCCUCUCCUUCUCCUCCUCUCUGUUUCUCUCUCUCUGUCUCUCUCUUUCCAUCUGAGUCUUUUCUGCUCAUAUUAUAUAAAGAGUGGCAGCAGGCAGAGUGACAGACUGCCCCAAGAGAUGACACCUGUCACCGGGGGGAGUGCUGCUAAUCUACAAGCCUCAUUUUGUUUGAACUCUUUGUCACCUUGCCGUCAAAUCCUCAUCUUCUCAGUCACUGCCAGCUUCGUUCCCCUCUGCUUCUCUGCUCGCUCUGCUUUACCCAAUCUCUCCAUAUUAUACAGGACCUCCACCACCACCACACAAAGCAGGCUCCUCCAGACAAUAUUCUCCGAUGUAACAUAUCCCUGCCUGCAAACACUCAUUUAUCGAAUGAGAAAUAUUACUUUUAAUGUUUUUUGUUUCGGGUAUAAUAAUGAAUGCAAACUUUUAAAUUUUUUUUCUAAUUUAAAAAUAAGUGAAAUCUCUGCAGGUCUGUGUCCUCUCCAGACGUGUAAAACCGCUCAUGUGCCCUCAGCGUAUGAGACGAUGAUGCGUCCGUCCUUGUUCAAAUGUUUUUAUUUCCCAAACAAAGGCCCAUUCAUUCAUAUUGAGAUUUGUCUAAGUUAAAGUGAUGUGAAUAGAGAUGCAGUCUGGAGUGGCCCGGUCUCUAUGGAGCAGCACACUCCACCCCCUGGCCAAAUAUCUAUAUUGUCCACUUCUACAGACUGUGCUUUGUAAUUAUAAUAUAAUUCAUUAUGUCUAUGCUGCAUGUGUCACAAAGGACGAGUCUUCCCCAAAAUCCUCUUGGGCUGUUCAGGCUGACCGAACACAUUCUUGUUCCUAUUUGAAAUCCCGCGGCUUGAAAAUACCCUCUCACACCCCCGUAAACAAUAGAUUUCCCUUUUUUGCUUAAUUGAGAUAUCAGCCGCACAUCUGACAGCUCGCACCAGCCCCUUACUCAGGCUAAGGGAAGGCUAUAUAGUGGCAGGGAAUGGAAAGAAAAAGAGGCAAUUAUGAUUAAAUGACAUAAAAUCGAGUAAUAUUAGCUAUAAUUAAUAAAGUGAAUUAGAGGAUAAUUCUUAGCGUUCUUAAUAAUCCUAAUUAGAUAGCUUUCUGAAUGAAGAAAAAUCUCCAUUUACUGCACCUACAAAAAUGAGAAAACAUUCAUAUUUAUGUUGAGUUUUCCUGCUUUUAUAUGAUAAAAUAUGACAGCAGAAAGAAAAAAAAACACAUGAUAUAAUCCAAGUUGCAGCUGAGGCAUCUGCCAACUUCUUUAAAUGCCUCCAUUAAGAGGAAUUAUCUUUUCCAGACACAUUUUGUAUGAAUGCGUCCAAAAAUCCCCAUUCCAUUCGGAUUGCAUGGGGUUUAAUUUAAUCCUUUUGCUUAUUAAAAAAGAAAAAUAAGAUGCAGCAUCUUUAACAAUAGAGGGCUGGUCUGCGUUGAGCACAAUGGCUAAGGUUAAAUUGAAGGUUGUGUGUACCCUUUGCUGUAUUAAAGGAGCAUUCAUAUUCAAAUAAAAGCAGGCAUCACUUGUCCAUGGUGCAUAGCUAUGUGCAAUUGUGCAUUUGUGUGUAGAACGCAAAACUGCAAUACAGAGUUGUAGUAUUCUGAUAAUAUAAACGAACAUUAUUUACCUGUUUUAUUUUCAGUUUCUUCAGUAUUUUCCGAGCAGUAAUUACUGCCUUUGAAAGUACUCAUUAUCUCUCUAACACGCAUUCCGCCUGCAUCUUGUACUAUUAUGCAACAAACUCUUAACUGUGCAAAAUAUUGUGUGAGUCUUCAUUCCUAUAUACUCUUAAGAUCUGGUCAAAGCCAUGCAGCACCUGGGAUAUAUAUAUAUAUAUAUAUAUAUGUAUAUAUAUUAUUAUUAUUAUUAUUUUUUUUUAUGUUAACAAAACUUUUUAAAAAUCAGUAAGAUUGAAUAUAGGACUCUUAAAGUUAUCUUAUUAUCCUGCAGUUUCAGAGCCUGAUGUGAUAGAAUGAAGCAGUUGUCAUCUUACGUUUUAUUACUUUUCCAUGUAUAGAAGAAAAAACUUGAAAAUAAAGUAUAAUUUGAGUAAAAAUUUAGCCAGCACUUAUACUGAGAGACAAAAAUCAGUCUUUUACUGACCAUUCAAUAUUUGAGACUAACAUUUUAUAUCCACACAAUAUUUACAUCUCGUUCUUCUAUUAAAAAAAAUCAUAUUUAUUUCAAAUCAUUUUAAAGUGGUUAAAUUUUGUUAUUUUAAGAACAGAAAAUAAAAUAUGAAUUUCAUUUGCAUAGCCAAAAAAGUGUGGCUACAAGACUGAAAUAUUUACGAUAAAACUGCAAACUAGUGCAAUCCUACAUGUAAGAAUGCUCUAUUAUGUUUUGUCUUUUCUUUUUUUUGAACCAUAGCACCAUUAUAAAUCCAUUACAUUUACAACUGAGUUUGAAAAGCCAGGGGUUAGUUUUCAAUAAAUCGUGCCUACAAACCGAUCACAGGGCAUGACAUCAGUUAAAUAAAUACAGUACUUUAUCUAUCUUUAUUUAUUUACGUUACAAUUAAUAUUCUUAUCGCUGACAAUAGAUCUUUAUUUAUCAGCUAAUAAACAAUUAGCACUUUGCAAAUGACUUUGACUUCACAGCAAACUUGUUUCCAGCCACAAUUCACCUCAUUAGUUGUUCUUGUUGAUUUCAUUGAAAUAACUCUGCACAAACAAAAACACACACAGUGAAUUGUUGUAGGUCCAAAUACACUCCCUCCAAGCCAAGAGAGGCUCUACCUUUUGAUGCAUUGUCUUCCCCCUCCCCCCUCUUCAGUGUCUGGGGAAAGUCACGUGGCUGUUUGGAAACAAAUAAUUUCAUGGGCUAUAUUCAGAGCAUGUCUAAGAAGAGCACAGCAGCUUGUCUUGGGAGUCAAGAACUUGGUACAAUGUCUUCUGCGAUGGGAUGGCCAACACAAAUGGGCUGGCGCACCUAUCCAAUUAACACCCCGCCUGCCAAUCCCUGUCAGGUCACACGCUGACUCCCAAGGCUUGCUCUGCCUGUCUCUGCUGCUCUCAACACGUGCCCGGCUCCAAUAUAGAAUUAACGCCACUUUUCACCUGGUCAUGCUGACAUGCCAUAGAUUAGACUGGUGCAGCAUGGAGAUAUGGUAGGCACUCCAAAUGAGGGCACCAGAGGUUAAGAUUUCAAAUGCAGUGGGGCUAUUGUUUUGCCACUGCUUUAAUAUUAAUUAAACUCUGAGGUGAAAAUGUUCUUUGCCAAACUAGCGCUUAAUUCCUCCACAAGUGAACACACUGAUAAGAGAUUUUAUUUAAUGACCACCUGGAUGUUACAACUUAUCACACAAGUUAAGACCUUAAUAGAACCAAUAAGCUACUCGGGCUAAGUGGGUCUUUUGUGUUGUACAGUUUUAUUAGAAAUGCAUUUUUAUGCAUUACCACAUGUGCAAAGAUUUUAUUAAUUUUCUUAUUCAUCCCUUAUCCUGAAAUUAAUAACAAAGCAUACUGUGUGAUUAAUACACCUCUUCAAAGACCCAGGAUAAUUUGGUAGUCUUCUCAGACUGCAUGAAAGCACGUGAAUUUUUUCUUUUUCUUUUUUUAUGUGUCAAAGUAUUUUUGUUUGCAUAAACAGUCACAUUAGCAGUCAAGGUCAGGAGGAUGAAAAGUAACGAUUUUCUCAUGCUACUGUCAUUGAGUUGCGUCUUUGUAUGCUCAUACUUUUCAGAGUAUUUUUGGAAAAAGCACUUCUACUUAAGUGUUUUUUUAGGACAGUUAUCUACUAUGCUACAUUUUUGAUCAACUGCACCAAAGCCAGCUGAUGAGUGAUAUCUAAACUGCAAAAUACUCUGACUUCAUUUUAGCUACAUUGACCUUAGAAGUCCAAUUAUAAAUGCUAUUCCAAGAUGUUCAUGUUUUAAGCCACAAUUUCUUGAUACAUUUUUUGUCAAGAAAGUUUUACUUGGUCGUUGGCAGACAUUUUACUGAGUACACUAAAUUAAGUCAAAGUGUUUUUUUUUGCACUUUGACUCUGACUUUUGUGUGCACGGACCAUCUACCUACGAUAUAGUUUAUUGUGUCUUAUCUGUGGGUCUUCAUCCAUUUCCAUGCUUCUGUGUCCAAAAGUUUUAAUAAAGGUCCAGAAGACUUCCUCCUCAUCUUUAUACAGUGACCAGCUUUUGCGUCAUCAUAGCCGUGUCACAGUGUUUAAAGGUUUCCUCCCAGUUUCAUGGCUUUUUUCCUCUUAUGGAAUACACAAACAUGUUUUUGAGAAGUGGGAUGGCUUCUUGGCAGAAGACCUGUGAUAAUAUACCCAAAUGAAAUCAAACCACAGAGGAUUUGCUUUUGUUGUUUUGCUGCUUACACUCCAACAUUUCUGUUGAAACAAAUGCAGCUUACAAUCUUGUACAAACUUUUAUGAAACGUAGCAAAGUUACAGAAGUUGUGGGUGUUCACAGAAAACUUUGUCUAAUUGGACACAGAGCCGAGUUUGACAACUGUUUUCGGUAUAGUCUUGGUCUCAGUCUUCAGACAAAUGUCCUGAUCAGUUUAAGUCACUUUUUGGAAUUUUUUUUCCUCAAUAGAUUAAGUCUAAUUUUAGUCAUCACAAACUCAGAAUACUUUAGUUUCAGUCAACAAAAAGUCAUUAUCACUGUUAGUAAAAAGGUUUUCUCUUUUCAGACUAAUUUAUCUACCUCAUCAGGAAUUUGUCGUACUGUUGUACUGGGUGUGGGUUUGGCUGUUUUGCUUAGAGUUGGUCAAAUCAGUGAAACUGAAUCUGAUCCCUCACACAUCACCAAACCAGCAUUAACCAAGACUUGGGCACAAAACGAUUAUAGAUGACAGCGGCAAAAAAUGUCAGUGUCAAAUAUUCAACUGACAUCACCCCUGUAGCUAGUUGUGUCUUUGUCAUUGACAUGCGUUGGGAAAAUUCAUCAAUGACAAUGAGGAAGAUGCAUGAUGGCAGGGAGAAUAUGCGCCUGCAGCACACUUGUUGCAGAGAAGUGCUGCACCCCCAGCGGAACAGCCUGUUGCAAGAGUGCAUGGCUUGUAUUUUGAUUGAUUGAUGCAAAGUGGAAGAAAGUAUUGUAGAUUUUGGAUGUUCAUAACAAACAUUUUACUUUUAUCUCCUUAAGAACAAAAGAAAACAUGUUUACUGGAGUUUUAAUUACAGAUGAUGUACUUUUAGUGACUGUCUUAUCUUCAUCAUGGAUGUUAACAAACAAUGGUUGUCAAAUUAGCAUUUGUCAAAGGAUGUUACUCUAUACAUCUACUAUAUCAAACUUCUCAAGCUAACGUACUUAGAUAAUGAGGGUGGGGAUCAAUUUAUACACCUCAUUCACCUCCAAACUAGUCAGAGCAUUUUUUACUUGCUUCACAAUUCCAACACUCACCUUUUGAGGAAGUUGAACAACAUAAAUGUGGGGAGAUAAUACCCUCAGAUAGCAACGUAAGCCUGGGCGAGGGCUUGCAACUGAUUGUACCAAAAGUAAAGCAUGGGGUCCGUACAAAAGGUGCACAGCUUGUUUGUCUAGUAUUUUUUGAUGUCACGUAAGAGGUCAACCGGAAGACGGUCCAAUAGACACAAACUGGGAGAGGGUUUGUCACUCAUAAGUUUAAAUGCAUGCUGUAAAAUCAAAAGUCUGUCAGGGCUGAUGAAUUCAAGCCCACACUCUCAUUGGGUUUUCAUUGAAAGAAACCAUUAACAUAAAUGCUGUAAUUUCAGUCUAUGCUGUUUAAGAGAACUAAUUCCUGUUUGACUCCAAAGUUCUUGUCUCUAACUUUUCACAUAGAGCUCAGAUUUGAUUACUCUCACUGUAGACUGAUAUAAAAGUACAUUUGAACUCAAUUGUAUUCUGUAUGAUAACAGAAUGCGGUCAACUUUGGAUUGCCUAAAGGUUUCUCUCCUCAUAUUCUGCGUAGUAAGAGAGGACAUUGUUGGUACAGAGACACUCAUGAUUUUUGUUGCAUUGUGUUGCCAAAUGUUCAAGUUUUUAAGGUAAAGUGUUGACUUUUUUUGAGCAACGGCCACCUGAACAUCAGCGGUGUCUAAAUUAUAUUUCAUUUAUUCAACCUAUGUCAAUGUUUACCCUCAUAUGGGCGGAUGUUAUUUGCUUUCACAGUUAAAAGCAUUUUAAUGGGCUUAUGAGUAGAGGAUUCAUUUCCACCAAUCACAAGCCACUAUGUCACUCGAUGCUGUGUGGGCUGUGAAGGAGUGCAUCACAAAGUUUUAAUGGGUUAGGUUAACAUAUUGGAGAGCAUACUUGUUUAUAGAAAAUAGGGUACCAACUCAUAAAGUGGUGUUACCAGAUCAACGAUAGUAAACUCCAUUUGAAAAGAAUACUUACUCAAUUCUUUAUCAAGUUCAGUUGACAAAAAAUGUAAAAUUUACAAUCAGUAAAGUUUUGUGUUUUCAUCGCUAUCAAUGUGAGAAGGCGACCUUACACAUGCAGAUGAGUUACCUUUUAAAAAGUCUUCAAACACAGCUUUAAUGCUGCGUUCCAGUGCUGGGAAUGACGUUACUCCCGAGUUGACGGCGUUCCAGUUAACAAGUUGGAAAACCAAGAUGGAUGUCUACAGUUACCCGUUGUUAGCUGUUGUUUACAAUUGUUAGCUGUCGUUAAAAGUUGUCAGUUGUUAUUAGUGGUUGUCAGCCGUUGUCGGCAGUUGUUAGUUGUUGUUAGCUAUACAAGUUGUGAACAACACAUAACACAAUAUUUUAUUUUCACAAUAUUUAAUUUCACAAAAACAAAACCGACGUGCUUAUAAAAAUAAUACAUUACGAGAGCUUUCACUGCUACUCUUUACUGUUGAUGCACCGCGCUGCCAUCUUGGAAUAUGACGUUGUCAUCAAGUCGGGGUUGGUGAGGAUUGUCAGACUUUGUGAGUCAGAAAUCCGAAUUCAGGGGGGCGUUCCAGAUGAAUUUUUGACUUGGAGCUCAAAAUUCCGACUACCGAGUACAACUGGAACGCAGCAUAAGUUUCUAUAAAACAGUGUUGGACAAUAAUGAAAGCCGGUUACUAUUUUGUUUUUUGAAUCAGAAACUUCCUGUUUAGAUUGAGAAAGUUGUUCAGAAGUUCCCACACAAGCUUCACCCAACAUUUCUUAGAGUUAAGAACUUCUUAACUUUCUUCUUUGUGUUAGGAAAAGUCUUGAGGACCAACUAGAGAAGCUAACCCUCUCAGGAAUGUGUGCGUGUCCAUAGGGACUCCUCCAAAUGACUUGUAUCAGUCCCUGGGCGAUUAGGCCUCUUCUGCAAAGGAAAACAGACACACAAACUUGAGUUUGUUCAAAGGAAGUACAGCAGAGGAGUAAGGCAAGACAAUCUACGUGCAUGUACAUUAGUUCUGGUGAAACAGAAGAGUUAUGUGUUCAGGUGCUUACUGUGGGUAAUGAACUCUACAUGUGAAGUCCUUCAUUGGCAGCUGCUUCCUCUGUAUGUCUUGGAGAAAUAACAUGGUUGUCAGUACACCUCUAAAGACAUCAGUCAGUCUGUCUGGUAACGGACACCAGAGCUGUGUUUUCUUCUGCUGUGACAGUACCCGUUUUCUUUAGGAGGGCAUCUUAGCCGGGGAUCAUAGUGACACUGCAUUAAAUGUGCAUGUUCCUGUGUCUCCUACACAACGUAAACACAAGUAGGAACUUAACAUAAGGUAUCAUAUUCAAGGAGCUUCAGCGAGGUGUAUCCAUUUACUUUUUAAAAUGGAUGGGCUGUAUAGGGGGCGGGUUUGGCCUGGUGAUGAAGUAGUGCUUGCCACGAACUCUGGCUACAGUUAACACGGGCGGCUCUGGGUUGAUUCCAGACUGUCACCCCCAAUCUAUCUUCUGGUUUCCAGCUCUUUCCACUAUCUUGUCCUCUCCAAGUGAUCUUUGUACUUUCUGUGCAGAUGUAAAGCUCUUUCUAGUACCCUCUGUUGUUGCCAUCCUGCUUAUAGGGCAGGGCGAUAUGGCUGAAAAUGUGAUUAUGAUCAAUAUUUUUCAUAUCAGUUGAUAUUGAUAAUCAUCAAUGACAACACUAUAGCAAAUAUAAUUUCACGAUUAAAAACUGUAAAUGGCUGUGGUUAGUUUGAAAAGUGCUGUUGAUUUGAAAUGUGUUAUUUUACAGUAUUCAGUAUCUCUCACCAAAGGAAAAGAAGAGAUCUAAUCUGACUGUGGGUUCUACUAAUGUCUGUGUCCAGCAGGUUCAGGCUGUUUAUGGUGUAAUAAGUUGUCCAAUAAGAGUAAUAAAUAUAGGCCCUGUAAAAGGAUGACAGAGAAAAAAAAAACAAUUUGUCACAUUGUCCAAGUUAAAGAUGUGUAUUCAGAAACAACACUCAUGUGCUCAUACUUACGGGAUAAUGGAUAAUGUUUUGACCUUGUUUUGGACUGUUUCUCUCUGCGUAUUCAUCUCGAUCACUGUCUCUCAUUUCAGUUGUUACCAUUCAGCCCAAAGUGUCUGCCUGCCCUCGUGA